UGACAGACUGAGAGGCCAGCUGCCUACCAGGACAGGAGCUCUUUGGAGAAAGGACUGGAGGAAGUGGUGAAAAAAGACUAAAACAUGAAUAAUCUUGUGAGUGAACAGGAGGUAACUGAGAGAGGUGUUUAUAAUGAGGUUGUUUCCCUCCUGGCACACAUGGAUGACCAAGAUAAGGACAGAAUUGCCCUCAGGAUUGCCUCUAUAGCUAAGACCAAGCUGGCUAGUGUUGUGAGAGUUCUGCUGGAGAAAUUGCAACAGGAUAAGCAAAACAGAGUAGCCAUUUACUAUAUCCUGGAGGAGGUAUUACAGCAGGACACCGGGGGCCUAGAGAUAAGGCUAGUGAAAAACAUUGUAAGCCUAGCCUCAGACCAGAUGAGAGAGACUCAGGAAGCAACAAAUGAAGUAAAAGUGGCAGCUAGCAACACGUUAGUGACUCUGGCAAGCUGCUAUUUUGAUCAUGUCAUGUAUGAGCUGCGCUGUCACCUGAAACCACCGAAGCUGCCUGAAGAGUUUAUUUUAGUUACGCUGGGCAACCUGUCAUCAGCCUAUGCACGUAAGUGUAUUCCUUUUGUGAGAGUGACCCUGAACACCAUGUUCUCCAUGCUGGAGUUCGUCAAGGACGGCAGGCUGAGACAAGCAUUUUGCGGUGUUCUGGAACAAUGGUCAAGGGCAGUACGUCUCUUUUUGGCUAACUGGGAAAAGUGCUCAUUCCCCAAAGUGGGCCAAUUGCGACUCUGCAAUCAUUUUCUUCCCGUCUACACUCAUGUGACCAGCAACUGGCUGACCUGUGAGGAGCCGGAGCUCAAGCAGGCUAUCAUCAAAGCCCUUGGUCCCAUGAUGAGCCUCCUGCUACACAAAGAGGAGUAUCAAGAUCAGAUAUUUGAACACCUCUCAUGGCUCCUUGAGCAAUAUAACGAAAACACUGAUGUUUUUCACGUCACCAAGAGUCUGAGCCAGCUCUUGGAGGUCUCUGGUGAAUAUAAGAUCCCUCUCCCUGACGGGAAGUUUCAAGCCAUCUGCAGUGCUCUGCAUAACCAGGUGAGGGGUGGUUUUGCUUGGAUCCCUUGA